GACCAACCCCACAACGAAGUCAUGGUAGUUAAGUUUACUGUAGUGUUUGAUCAUCAAAUUCUUGCAUUAGCCGCUGAAGAUUCAAGAUCUUUUCCCUCGAGAAUCUUCUUUUCCCUUUUCGCUUAUCAAUUUCUGGAAUCUUAAAAAUGAUGUCUUUAAGCCCUUUCCAAUAUGCUUAAGCAAACUAUCUUGUUUAUUUGUUUUUCUGUCUUUUUAACUCAUUACGUCAUCAUCUUUCGUCUCAAACUGGAAGCCAAAAGGGAAAUUAUGUCCCAGAAUAUGUGACAGCAAAAAUCUUUUGCAAAUUGAGCCUUGAUUGAGGUAAUAAGAACCAUAGUUUAGAAGGUGAUUUUUGUACAUUCUGGAGACAAUGGAAACCAAUGGUAGUAAUUCUCAUUCCCAUGAAAAUCAAACUUCAGAGGCUAAUAAUGAUGCUAGCAAAGACGGUUCAAAUGAGAAAGUGGUCUUUGUAAAUCAUGCUGAGAUAGCUUGGCAUGAGGGGAGAAAGCAGUGGGUUGGUGUUCAGUCGCAAAAGUCAAAGAGAUUGCAUAGAGAACCAAUUAUGAGCUGGACUGCGACAUACGAGGACCUGCUUUGUUCUACUGAACCUUUUCAACAGCCUAUCCCACUAGCUGAGAUGGUGGAUUUCUUAGUUGACAUCUGGCAUGAAGAAGGCCUCUAUGAUUAGCUAAAGUUUCUUGAGGUGAUUGCACAGUUUUGUUUGUGCAGAUUGACGAAACGAUCUCAUAGGUUAUACAGAUCUUUAAUCCUGAAAAACUGUUCAAGAACAUUUGUGGUAGUUUACAGUGACUUUUGGAGAAUCAUGAUUUUUGGAUGAUUCCUUUUAUAUUACCAAACAAUUGUGUAGUCAUCUAAUUUUCUUAAAUGAGAUUGUUUCUGUUAUGGAUGUA